AUGUGUGCAAGGUCCAUCAUUGCACGUGAAGUGACGUCAGCGCUAUCCGAUAAUGGAUUAUUUCAAAUGUCGUCAUUCGUCAACGUAAGUGGUAACAUCCUCGACACGGUAUAUACUGAUAAUCCCGAGCUGUGUGUGGUCAACCGCGCAGACUUUCUGAUGCUUUCCUCAUCGAAGAGUGACAAGUACCAUGUUCCAAUCGCAUGCACUGUUGAAUGUUGUCCGACUGUUGCUAAUAUCUCUUCCGACGAGUCCAACGUGAUGUUCUGCUUCAGGAAAGCCAACUAUGACGAUAUAAACCGUUAUCUGUCCGACGUUGUCCUACUUCAGCACAGUGCACCGGAUGUAAACGAGUCAAUUACAACGUUGUACACCAAUAUAUACGAUGUCUUCGAGAAAUUCAUCCCACUCGCCACAAUUCGCUCGUCUCGCAAUCCCAAAUGGUACACCAAGGAACUUCUACACCGGAAAAACGUGAGGAACAAAGAGUUUAGGAAACUAAGUGCAAAACGAAAGCAUCAGCUGCUGAAUGUUAUCCCGACAAUUUUGGAUGAUAGAUUGUUUCUGCAAGCAAAACACGAAUAUGAAGUCUUGAGGACAAAAUUGCACAGUGAUUUCAUACGUGAAAAGUCUUCCUGUAUCAAAACAGAUCCGAAAUCUUUUUGGCGUCACAUCAAUGCAAAACGCAAAUCAAACAAUCUACCUGCAGUUGUUGAGCUGAAUGGGAAGAAAGCAUCAACAGACUCGGAGAAAGCAAAUCUUUUCGCCGAAUAUUUCCAAAGUGUCUACGCUACCGAGCCCGACGAUCCAUCGCUACUCGACUUCAUAAACACAAGAAACGAUCACGAUUGCUAUGAUGUCACUGCUCCGACGGAACUUGUACACUUUGUUUUGCGCGGCAUGGACAUAAGCAAAGGCAGUGGACAUGAUGGAGUCUCCUCGUUCUUCUUACGUGAAUGUGCCGACUAUUUGGCCGAACCAUUAAGCAUCGUUUACACGCAAUCACUAGUCGACAAAUGCUAUCCUGAUGCGUUUAAGAUUGGGCAAUUGACUCCAGUUUACAAGUCUGGCCGGAAAACUGACGUGAAGAACUACAGAGGAGUAAAUGUGAUGCCGAAUUUAGCCAAAGUGUUCGAGCGAGUUGUUUUCAUGCAGCUGAAACUCAUAAUUCCUCGUAACAUCAAGACAUCCCAGCAUGCAUUCCUCUCCAACCGAAAUAUUGAAUCGAAUUUGAUGGAGCCUAGUGUCGCUACCCACGAAGCCUUCGAAGUAAAUGCUCAACUCGACACGUACAACGUCGACAUAUUUAAAGCGUUCGACAAGGUUAGAGCGAUGAAACUGAUCCGUAAAAUGCCAACGUUCCCGAUUUCGAACUCUGUUUUACUUUGGUUCGUAUCGUAUCUACUGUCCAGAGUUCAAUACGUGAUCAUUGGUAGAGACAAAUCAGCUGUGUUUGUGGUGCUCUCUGGCGUCGGACAAGGAUCCAUUUUGGGCGUAAUAAUGUUCCUUAUGUUCUUCAACGAUUCCGAUGUGGACAUGGCUGGCAUAUUAUGUCUCAACUUCGCCGAUGAUAAAAAAGAUUGCCUCAAUCAUCAGAACGCAGGAAGAUGCGACCCGACUACAAACAGCAAUCCACCGAUUCUUCGAAUGGUGUCGUGA